AUGUCGCGCGCCGAGGCUUCUCUGGCCUCCGGCAGCGGAUUCGACGAGGAGCUCAGCCGCUUCCUGUCGGCUUCGCACGGCGAGAGCUUCGUGGAGCUGCUGCGUAAGAAAUGCGCAAUAGGCAAAACCAUCAGCGAGUCGUUCACGUGUUCGGACGCCGAUGCGUUCACCUUCGCUCAAUCGCUGUCGUAUCGCAAACCAUGGCAGAUCGCUGUGGACGAGUUCGAGAUCAAACUGCGCCGCUGUGGCGACCGCCGGAGUGCGAACUUGUACUGUAUCUUCCAUCAGCAGCUGUGCAAGGACUGGCAGGUCCGUGAAUGCAUUUUGGACCGCAGCUUCCGCAUCUUCGAGAUCCUGCCUCAUCGCAAAACGCUGCUGCAUCUGUCGGAACCCAAGACGACAUGCCUGGUGCUGCUGUCAUUCUGUUUCGGCCUUGACAAUGUGAUUUUCGUGGGCCUGCACAACGUGCCUCACAGCAGCUGCCUGCCCGGGCCGUACCUGGGCCUGCUUCACCCGGGUUCCCGGGAGUCGUUUUUGGACGCUAUUUGCCACCUGGAAAAACUGCACCGCGACAAGUCGCCGUCAGCUGGCGGCGAUUCGGAGGACGCUCGGCUGGAGUGCAACGGGCGUUUGGCCGAGAUAUCCUACUUGGCCUCCGAAUUCGACGACCUGUUUGCCUACGUGCUGUGCGAGCCAGAGUGCUACAGCGCGUUCACCGAGCCGCUCCUGCGCCGCAUGUACACCAAUAGGUUCUACGGCAGGGUGGCGCUGUGGCUGUUGAUGCGCGGCUACCGCGAGCGCCACCGGGAGCAGCCGCUGGGUUCCAUUUUGAAGCGUUUCAACGACCUGUUGCGCAUUGUGUGCCGCAUUCUGAACGACGUGUACCACAGUCGCGGCGACAGGGCUGCGUCGGAGAACCGUAACUUCGGCACGAUGGCGGUGAUCACGCUGAUAUACUCGUAUCUGUACGGAAUCCUGAGCAUCCCCGUUCGCCUCACUCCGUGGAACAAAACUGUCAAGGGUGAGACAUGCACGUGCAAAUAUGCUGCGAGCAGCCAUGAAACUGACCCAGUGGAUCAAGUGAACGAGGUCGACUCGUCACAUUCAAGCACCGUGACGUCACCCACUGCGAAGAAUGAUGUGUCCGCCGGCCUGCCAUCACAGCACAACGUCGGCCUCAUCGGCGUCGACUUCGCGUCCGCUGCAGCCGAUGCUGCGUGCGUCGAAAGUACUCGGCGAAGGGAUGUGAUAAUGUCGCACGCCAUUGGCUUGCUGGGCGACGAUGGCAAUUGGCUGCGGCGCUCGGAGCGCUACGUGGACGUGAUCGACAACUACAAGCUGAGUUUGUGCUGGUACCGCCGUCCGCUGUUCAGCAACUGUUUUCAGACGAACUUGAAGGUGCUGUGCCCCUGGGCUAUGAUGUACCACCAGGCGUGCGUUGCUCCCUGCUCCUACGCAUGGCUCGAAUGGCAGGGCAAAUCGAUCGAGUCGUGGUCGUCUUUGCCCCUGUGGCGGAACGUAGCCCCCGCUAAGGGUAAGACUGAGCAGAGCGGCGGUGAUUGUCUGCGCUGCUUAAAGCGUUUGGUAUGCCUGCGUGUCCGGGACUGCGUCUCCUUCAUCUUCGACAUCGAAGCCGACAUUAAACGCACCACCCGCCGGCACUACGUAAUCUAA